GGCCCCGGCAGGAAUGCAAGACUCCAACGCGGCCUGGGUCGUGGCCGCCGGGGUGAUCCUGACUGCCAUGGGGCUGGUGGGCAACUUCUACGCCGUGCCCAGCCUGGUGCAGAGCAUGGUGAUGGAGAAGGUGGCGCUCAAGGAGGGCUCCGAGGCGCUGGAGAGGUUCAGGAAGACGCCGCAGCCGCUGCACUUCCACGUGUACCUGUUCCACGUGGAGAACCCGGAGGAAGUGAGCGGGCAGGGCGCGAGGCCCGUGCUCACGGAGAAGGGCCCCUACAUCUACGACAUGUACAGGGAGCGGGUGGAGCUGGAGUUUCACGAUCAGGAUGACACCGUCUCCUAUCUGCCAAAGAGCUCGUAUUAUUUCAACAAGGACAAAUCAGGGUGCCGGUCUGAGAGCGACACCGUCACGGUCAUCCACGCCCCCAUCCUGGGCACGGCGCUCAAGCUGCAGCAAGUGUCCGCCAUGGGGCUGGGCAUCUUCAACGACGCCGUGCCGCUGCUGUUCACGGCUAAGAACAUCUUCCUCACCACCACGGUCGGGGAGCUGCUGUUCAGCGGGGUCUUCAUCAACUGCUCGUUCCCAGAAGACUCCUUCCCGGCGGGGGCCGUCUGCCAGGGCCUGCGCCAGCGCGCCCCGGCCACGUACCGGCGCGACGGCCUCAACUUCUACUUCUCCAUGUUCGGCCACCUGAACGGGACGUCGCACGAGCGUAUCCGCGUGCACCGCGGCCAGGACGACGCCAGGGCGGUGGGGGUCAUCACGGCCGUGGCGGGGAACGCGACGCUGGCCACGUGGCGGCAGGGCACGCCGUGCAACCUCAUCAACGGCACCGACGGCACGCUCUUCGGGCCCUUCCAGCGCGGCGCCACCGUGCUGCCCAUCUACACAUCGGCGUCCUGCAGGUCGCUGUACCUGCACUACAAGGAGGACACCGAUUUGAACGGCGUCCCCGUGAUGCGGUUCGCGAUCGACACCGAUAUGCUGGCCAGCGGACUGGAGUACGCUCCCAACCGAUGCUUCUGCGUCAUAGCCCCCGAGGAGGACCAGCAGGCUGACCCGGACGAGGAGGAGGCCGCCAGACGGCGUCGCAGGGCCGCGGGGAUGACCGUCGAGGAGAAGGAGGCCAAGUCGUGCCUGCCUAACGGCACCAUGAGCCUGGCGCCGUGUUCAGGUUCCCCGGUCAUUUUGAGUUUCCCGCAUUUCUACCUGGGCGACAAAGCACUGGUCGACUACCCGGUGGGUCUCGCUCCCAGGGAAGAGGCCCACCAAACCAUUGUCGACAUCGAGCCGACCACUGGGAUUCCUCUCAGAGCCAAGAAGAGGGUUCAGCUCAACAUGUUUCUGAAAAAGAUAGAAGAUUUUAAUUACCUGGCGUCGGUGAGCGAGGGCCUUUUUCCCAUCCUGUGGAUGGAGGAGGUGAGUGAGACUCGCGUCGUGGACGUUGGCCGUCAGUGACGUCAUGAUGACGCCGGCGCCUCGCCGCGGACAGUGUGACCGUGCAGUCAGCGCGCGAAGGCCGAUGCGGAGGCCGGCACGGAUUCCGCGCAUCUCUGUCGCUCUCAUGGGAAAGACUCGGUGGCAAAGACAAAGUUGCAGUUCGUCGCACCUCGAACUUGUCCUUUCUGCCGCCAGGGCAUCACCCUGCAGGGCGCGAGCUUCGACAAGGUGGCCUCGGCCAACCGCUCGCUCGGCGUGCUGGCCGCGCU